AUGGCACCUGCGGCUCCCUUCAAUCCACCCGCAGCUGACCUCCCUGGGAAGCCCUUUGUUCCAGAAUGGGUUCCACCACCUGUCACCAAGGAGAAGCACAAUUUUGCAAGCCUUACAUCGAUUGACUUGUCCUUGCUUGAUUCAGAUGACCCCGCUGUUGUUGACGACCUGAUCAAGCAGGUCAAAAGGGGCAUUCGCGAGGAUGGUUUCCUUUUCCUCGAAAACUAUGGUGUCUCAUUAGGGCAGCUGCACCGUCAAUUUGCUAUUGCCCAGUAUCUGUACAACAACAUCAGUGAAGAGGACAAGGAACGGCUUCUGUUCGAUCCUGACACGGGCAAGUGGUCUGGUUACAAACAUCCGUAUGGAUUCAAGCGUCACCGCGGCAUUCCUGAUGGCAUCGAGCAAUUCAACUUCUAUCCCCGGGAAUGGCAAAAUAUGGACCGAAUCCCCAGUUGUCUACACCCUUUGAUGGACGAGAUUGAGGCCUUUUGCAACUACCUGACAAGGUCAGUCAACCGUCGACUGCUCACGCUCUUCUCUCGCGUUCUCGAGUUGCCCGACGACUACUUAUGGGACAACGUUCAAUCACGCGGCAGUCCAACCGGCGAAGGAUAUUUUCGCCAUGCACUUUUCAGACCCGUCCAAAAGGAAACACAAGACGCAUCCAAGGGCCUCCGCAUGCACGGUCACACCGACUUUGGCUUAACAACCUUGCUCUUCUCCGUGCCCAUUUCGUGUCUCCAAAUCUGGGGCCGUGACGAACGGUGGUAUUAUGUACCUUAUAAGCCUGGGGCACUUGUCAUCAACAUCGGUGACACCCUGGAGAUCGUUUCUGGUGGUCAUUUCAAGGCUACUCGCCAUCGAGUCUACCAACCACCGGCCGAUCAGUUACAGUCAGAGCGUCUCUCCUUGGUGCUGUUCAACAGUUCCGUCGGCGAUUUGCGUAUGGAGCCUGCAAAGGCCUCACCGCUUAUCCAACGAGAAGGCUGUGUCGAGGACCAAGGAGUCUACAGUGAGUUCAGGAAGCGCACACUCCAGGGCCAAAUUGUACCUACCAAUCGUGAAUGGCGUGAGAUCCAGAUCGCCACGGCUACAGACCCGACCGAUACGGUACGCAAUCGAAUUGGCGCGGAUCAAGUUCUGGUCAACGGCAAGCUCAUGCAACAACGAGAGUACAUGGGUCUCAAAGUUGUUCUCCCGGUGUAA